CCCUGGCAGGGGCUCCACAGGAAAAAGGAGGGGAGCCUGAGCCCUGGAUAUCCCCCCAGCCGCUUUUUAAAGGGGCAGCUGGCCCAGCGGUAGGCAGCAGGCACAAUGGCAUCCUGGACACUGCCUCUGUUGCUGCCGCUGCUGACGGUGGUGGUGGUCUGGCCUCUGGCAGUACAGCCUGCGCCCCCCACCUGCUACUCCCGGAUGCUGACCCUGAGCCGUGAGAUCAUGGCUGACUUUCAGAGCCUGCAGGCUUCAGAACCUGAGGAUUCAUGUGUGAGGUACUUGCCCCGGCUCUACCUGGAUAUCCAUAAUUACUGUGUGCUGGCCAAGCUGCGAGACUUCGUGGCCUCUCCUCAGUGCUGGAAAAUGGCCGAAGUGGACACUCUGAAGGACAGAGUGCGGAAGCUGUAUACCAUCAUGAACUCCUUCUGCAGACGGGACUUGGUGUUCCUCUCGGAUGACUGUAAUGCUUUGGAAUACCCAAUCCCCGAGACCACGGCUGCUCCAGACCAGCACAGCUAAGAAAGCAGGUGGACCAGAAGACUGACCCAGAGACCUGAAGCUGGGUCAGCUGUUCACAGCACAGCCACAGCACCCCAGGCCUCCCUUUAGUGCAGCCGCUAG